UUAAAAUUUCACUACUUAUUUUUUAUUCAAUGACUUCACUUAACAAACAACAAGAUAUUGAUUACAUAUCAGAAAUUUUUGUAAAAAAUUAUCAACAAUUACCAUCAAUAAUUGAAGAUGCAAUGGAUUGGGCACAUUGUAAUGGAUUAAUUUUUAGAACAAAGGAACACAAAGACAGAAGUGACAUUUGCCAAAUUGCACCAUUUUCUUUUUUUCCGUCGCCUUUUCCAAGAAGAUUGUUUGAUCAAGCAUUGUCUGUACAAAAGGCCUUAAAUCUUCUUUAUUUUAAAGUCUCAUGGGAUUAUGAAUUUUUAAAACAAGCACAUCAACAAGUUAUAAAAUCGGAUGAAUUUACUCGUCGUUUAAUGUCAAUUCUUGAUAUUGUUUACAAAGAAGGUAUAAAACAACCAAUUACUUUACUUACUCAAAGAGCUGAUUAUAUGUGCCAUUAUGAUGGAAUAUUUACAGAAAAUGAAAUAAACUUUGAUAAAUUUCAGUUAAAACAGAUUGAGGUAAACAAUAUAGCGGUCAGUAUGGGUGGACUUGCUGAAAAGACAACUAAACUUCAUCGACGUGUAUUUAAAAAAAUGGGAAUGAAUGUGCCUAAUAAUGAUGUUAUGCCGGUAAAUGAACCAAUUAGAACACUUUGUGAAGGAAUUUAUAAUGCUUGGAAACUUUUAUCUAAUCCAAAUGCUAUUUUAUUGAUGGUUGUUGAAAAAAAUAGUCAAAAUCAAUUUGAUCAACGCGCUAUUGAAUAUGGAUUGGAAGAACUUUCAGAAGGGAAAAUGAUUAUUAUUCGAUUGACUUUUGUAGAAUGUGCUGAUAGACUUAUACUGGAUGAAAAAACUUUUAAUCUUCUUCUUGGCGAUAAAACUGUUGGGAUUGUUUACUUUCGUACUGGAUAUUUACCUGAAGAUUAUGCUUCUGAAGUCGCCUGGAAUGCUCGACUUUUGAUGGAACGUUCUACAGCAAUUAAAUGCCCUUGGAUUGGAUUACAAAUGGCUAAUACAAAGAAAAUUCAGCAGGUUUUGAGUUGCUCUGGUAUAUUGGAGAAGUACUUGACCUCUUCAAAUGAUUUGGAAAAUGAUGCCAUACAAAAUCCACAAAAAUAUGUCUUAAAACCUCAAUUGGAAGGAGGAGGAGGAAAUUAUUUUGACAAGGAGAUAACUGAAAAAUUGCAAAGUUUUACUUUUGAGAUGCGUGCCUCACAUAUAUUAAUGCAAAGAAUUCGGCCUUUAAUUGUUAAGAAUUGUUUAAUCCGCCCAUUUGAUGAUGACAAUUUUAAAAAAUUACAUAAUGUAGUUAGUGAACUUGGAAUUUAUGGUUCUUUAAUUGGAAUUGGUGGAAAAGAAGAGGAAGUUAAAUUAAAUUCAGUUGGUGGCCAUAUACUUCGAACAAAAUUAGAAAACGUUAAUGAAGGUGGAAUUGCUGUUGGUGCUUCUGUUGUUGAUUCUCCGUUUCUUUUUUAAUCAAAGAAGAUAUUUUUAAUUAAUGUGAUGUUGUGGUAAUUUUUGUUUUUAAUUUAUAUCCUUUUUAAAAUUAGAUUUUUUAUGGAAAAAUUUUUUGAUUAAAAUUUUCAAAUAAAAUUCUUUUUCGAAAAUAUCCCGAAAAUAAAGACAAAAGAUCCCUCUUUUUAGAUUAAUUAAUUAAGGAUAUUUUUGGUUUCCCUUUUUCAAAAACAGAUUUUUUCGAUAAAAUCACAUUUAUUACGUUAAAAUACAUGAGAGAGUUUUGAGCAAAGAAAUUGGGUCCUUGGUAAUUAAUUUUAAAAGAGAUACUUUUUUAAGCACUUGAAGAGGGUAUUAGAUAAAUAAAUAAUCUUAUCUUUUUUAUAAAUUUUUUUAGAAAAUAUUUUUAGAGUCCAAAGUGGCCCUUUAGGCUUUUCUCUCCCUUUUUCUUUAAACCUUUCAAUCCCUUUCUGACUCUAAUUCCCCUUUUCCUCAUUUCAUUAAACAAAAUUAAGUAAUGAAUGAGGGAAAUAAAAGCG